AUGUGGUCCUUUCUGCAGUGCUCAGGAGAAAUGGAACUCAAUAUGUCAAAGGAGGAUACAGAUCAUAAUUAUUAUACUUCAAGGACAUAUGGCCCUUAUGAUUCUACCAGCCGGGAUCUGUGGGUCAACAUAGACCAAAUGGAGAAGGACAAAGUAAAGAUCCAUGGGAUUCUUUCCAAUACCCAUCGGCAGGCAGCAAGAGUGAAUCUGUCCUUCGAUUUUCCAUUUUAUGGCCAUUUCCUACGUGAAAUCACUGUGGCAACUGGGGGUUUCAUAUAUACUGGAGAAGUUGUGCAUCGAAUGCUAACAGCCACACAAUAUAUUGCACCCUUAAUGGCAAAUUUUGACCCCAGUGUGUCAAGAAAUUCAACAGUCAGAUACUUUGAUAAUGGCACAGCACUAGUUGUCCAGUGGGAUCAUGUACAUCUGCAGGAUAAUUACAACUUGGGCAGUUUCACUUUUCAGGCCACCCUUCUCAGUGAUGGGCGUAUCAUUUUCGGCUACAAAGAAAUUCCUGUCUCUGUGACACAGAUAAGUUCGACUAACCACCCAGUGAAAGUGGGACUCUCAGAUGCAUUCGUGGUGGUGCACAGGAUCCAGCAAAUUCCCAAUGUCCGUAGAAGAACAAUUUAUGAGUACCACAGAGUGGAGCUGCAGAUGUCAAAGAUUACCAAUCUGUCAGCUGUUGAAAUGAUACCUCUACCCACUUGUCUCCAGUUUAACAGCUGUGGUCCCUGUGUCACUGCCCAGAUUGGCUUCAACUGCAGUUGGUGCAGUAAACUCCAGAGAUGUUCCAGUGGAUUUGAUCGUCACCGGCAAGACUGGGUAGACAGUGGCUGCCCUGAAGAGUCAAAAGAUAAGGUUUGUGAAAAGAAUAUUGAGGAAAUAGAAACACCUCCUUACUCCACCACCAGUCAGCCAACCACCACAAGAUUCAGAGUUUUAACUACCACCAGAGGAUCCACUACUUCCCACCUGCCAACUAGCCUGCCUACAGAAG